CUCACGAGUCAAAUGUAUGAAUCGUAGUGUGUGCUGCACGAGCUGUAGUUUAAUACAGUAAUCUGCAGUUAGACGCAGCUUUUAUCUAUAACCAUACUUUUAUAUUUAUAAUAAUAAUAAACUAGUUAAAUCCUCUGAAUCAUGGCGACUUCAGUGAAGCUCAGCACCGGAGCAGACAUGCCUAUACUGGGUCUGGGAACAUGGAAGUCAGCUCCAGGAAAGGUAACGGAAGCUGUGAAAGCUGCUAUCUCUGCAGGCUACAGACACAUCGAUGGAGCGUUCGUCUACCAGAAUGAGAAGGAGGUUGGAGAGGGAAUUCAGGCCAUGAUUAAAGAAGGAGCUGUGAAAAGAGAAGAGCUUUUUAUUGUCAGCAAGCUUUGGUGCACUUUUCACAAGAAGUCUGCAGUAAAAGGGGCGUGUCAGAAGACCUUAAGUGACCUGCAGCUGGACUACCUAGACCUGUACCUGGUUCACUGGCCAAUGGGCUUUCAGGCUGGAACAGAACUGUUACCACUGGAUAAUGAAGGCCUAACAAUCAAUGAUGAUACCAAUUUCCUGGAUACCUGGGAGGGAAUGGAGGAGCUGGUGGACGCUGGGCUGGUCAAGUCCAUCGGCAUCUCAAACUUUAACCGAGAGCAGAUUGAGGCCAUUCUGAAUAAACCAGGCCUCAAAUACAAACCUGCAAACAACCAGAUUGAGUGCCACCCCUACCUGACUCAGGAGAAACUCGUUGAUUUCUGUCUGUCUAAGGGAAUCUCAGUGACUGCAUACAGUCCUCUGGGUUCUCCUGACCGUCCAUGGGCUAAACCAGAGGACCCUUCAUUGCUGGAUGAUCCAAAUAUUAAGGCUAUUGCUCAGAAAUACAACAAGACCACAGCUCAGGUUCUAAUACGUUUCCACAUUGAGAGGAACAUCAUUGUGAUUCCCAAGUCUAUCACUGCCUCACGCAUCCAGGAGAACUUUCAGGUCUUUGAUUUCAAACUGACUGAUGAAGAGAUGAAGACAAUUUUAGGCUUUAACAAGAACUUCAGGGUUUGUCCCAUGCAGUGGAGUGUGAAGCACAAAGACUAUCCGUUCAAUGCUGAACACUAAAACGGAAGAAAGCUUCAUCCAGUGUUCUGCUUUAAGGGGACACUAAACCCUAAACCAUAUUUCAUAUUUUUUCCAUUAUUAUCUGAAAUGUGUUUAAUUGAUGCAAUAAGACAUACUGGUCCUGCUUAAAAUGUUUAUGAGCAUUUUCUAACCUUUAAAAAACGCUUUUACUGUGGUCAUUUCUGUCUCUGCGGCGCCCCCACAGGUUCAACUGUGCUAUAGGUGAGGAUGAUGCUUUUGUGUAGUUUGGUAUGCAGACACAUCACAAUAUGUUGAUCAAUAAAUCAAUAAGCCCAAUCAACUCUCCUUCCUGCCCCGCCCCUAAACCCAUACAUCACCAUACAUUUUUUAAGCAUUUUUAAAAUUUGAGCUAAGAGUGGAGUCAGCUAAAAUCAGGGGGUUUAGUGACCUUUUAAAAGUUUCAAAUGCAGUGUUUUCUUUUUACUUCAGAUUAAAAAAAUGCAUUUUCUCAAAUACACUGAUCUGAUGGAGAUCUGUAAGAGUAAAGACUCGAAAGCAAUGCCACUGAAGGUGUUUAUUGGCUUCCCUGUAAAAGCGUGUUGAAAUUUGUUAAGAAAUAAAAUAAAAGCUUUAAUAAUAAAA